UCGUAUUGAGCUUUGUUUUGCUUUGAACGCGCAAAAUCUUCGAUUGUGAAGAGUACCUGAAGUAAUUGCUGUAAAAUUAAAAAAAUGGGCUUAGCAGCUUGCGAUAUAAACAUACUAAAGGCUGUCGCAAGAUGUUACUGCAGGGUGUAGAUACUGACUUUAACAUUGUGAAAUUUAUUAAUAUUUGUAACUUAUCAAUUUUCUUUCAUAUAACCUCACUAGGUCACAUUAGGCAUAAGCAUUCUGCUGUCGCUGGUUGUGUUCCUGCUGCUCGUAUCAAAGAUUCUUCCGCCAACCUCGUUGGUGCUGCCACUGAUUGCCAAGUACUUGCUAUUCACUUUUAUUAUGAAUACGGUCUCAAUUCUGGUGACAGUGAUCAUCAUUAACUGGAACUUUCGCGGUCCACGCACACAUCGCAUGCCCAUGUGGAUACGGACUGUUUUUCUACACUAUCUUCCUGCCUUUUUGUUAAUGAAACGUCCGCGCAAAACAAGAUUGCGUUGGAUGAUGGAAAUGCCUGGAAUGAGUAUGCCAGCUCAUCCACAUCCAUCUUAUGGGUCACCAGCUGAAUUACCAAAGCACAUCAG